AUGAACAUCACUAACCAUAGUAAUAUUAAUGAAAAAUGCAAUGAAGUUGAAAACGAUAAUAAUAAUAAAAUACCUGAUUUAGAUUCAAACAUAAAUUCUACGGCUUCUCAACAAAUUAACUCUGAUCGUCUUAACAUAAAUAAAACAAGUUUUGAGGAAUUAAAAUCUUCGAAGAACAGGGUUAUAAAAGAUAACAAAGGACAGAUUUCUCACAAAACCAAAGGUCACAAAAGCAAUAGUUUAAGGAAAAAACGAUUUGCACCCGCUGUCUACAAUUACGUUACAAAUCAUGAUGUUGAUUCUAACGAAAAAUUAGAACCGGAGGGAGUUGUAAAUACAGCAAAUUUGGCUAAUUUUAAUAUAAAAACUACACAUGAACCCUAUAAAAGUGAUGCCUUAAGAGAUACUUACAUUAAACAUAAACCACAGCAUAUCCCUGUUGAAGAAUCUGCAAGCGAUGAACUGAAAGAUUUAAGCUCUAUUAAUGAAAGAGGCUCACAAGAAAAAGAUGAAAGACCUGAAAGUGAGGAGAGUCUUUCUAGAGAAAUAGGUAAAGGUAAAGAAAGCUCUGAAAGAAGCGACGAAUCAAAAACAGAUUCAUUCCAAAAUCAUCUGCUAAAUUCGAAGGAGAAAUCUUCAAGUGAAAACCUUAAUAAUGAUGUAAAAAAAUCUCUUCCAUUUUUACAUAAUAGUGAUGAAUCGUUUAUUAACGACAGUAAUGAAAGUAAAGAAAAUAUAAAAAAUCUAGAACCACUAGCAAUUAAGGAUAAUGACAAUAGAGAUAGCUAUGAAACAAGUGAAAAUAGCAACAGCGAUGAAAACUUUAAACAGGAACAUGGUGCCGCAAAUUUAAAAAAUCAAGAUGGAAGUAAUACUGAACAGAGUAUAAAGACAGAAAAUGAUGCAUACAACCAAUCCAAUUUUACACAAAAUUAUAAAAAACCGAUUGAUAAGUACAUUGAUGAAAGUACUGAGCAAAUUUCUAAAGAGAGUGUGUCUACUGAAAACGAGUUUGAUAAUGCUAAUUCAAAGAUUUUUGAUAAAAACGACUCUUAUGAAAAUUCCCCUAUUGAUUCAAACAUACAUUCAAACGAUACCACUUCUACCAAUCUUAAAACAAUUGUUAAUAUAAACGAUGGAGAAAUAAAGCCUGUCAUAGAACAGAAUACUGAAGACAUCAGUAUUGAAACAAGUGAAGAAUUAAAAAGCUCAGAUUUAAAGGUUGAAAACCCUCAAGAAAAAAACGUUGGUGAUGUUGAAAAUAAGAAAGUAGAUUUAAAACAACAGUUUGAAAGAAUUCCUUUAGAUUAUAAACACGUAGAGGCCGAAAGCAAUGAACACACAGAGAGCCCGGAAUCAAAUAACGACUCUUUUGUAGAGAAACCGAAAGAAGUGGUUGCUGAGCCUUCGCCAGAAAACGUAAAUUUUGAUGAAAAUUUGAAUAUUAAAUUUGGUGACAUAUCGAUCAAACUACCUGAAAUCAAAUUGCCUGAUGAUAUUUUAUCUUAUAACUACGAAGAACCCUUAUAUGAAAAAGUUAAGUCGAAAAACUCAUACAGUCAUGAAGAGCCGGAUAGCCAGAGAAAAACAUACCAUAAAAAUAACAACAACUAUGAUUACCAUAACAACUAUAAAGAAAAUUAUAAACAUAAAGAUGCAAGUCAUUCUGGCGAGAAAGAAGAAGAAAAUGAUGAUGAUGACGAAGACUUGUAUGAAAAAUUCGUUCGUGAAAGAUUCGGUAAACGCAGGUCAAAAGAAGAAAAUAAAUCGAAAUAUAUUACACCUAACGAAGAACUGUAUAAGACGUUGCAAAAUGUUUUGAAAAAGACUGAAAAAAUCCAAGAAGAAGCUCAGAAGAGCGGAGACCCGAAUGCUGGCUACGCAUGGACUUUAGAAUAUGGCCAAAAAUUGUAA